UCACCGCAAGUUCAGGUGCUCGGUAUACACGUAUACAUCGUCGCGAUACCAGUUUCGAGCUCGAGCUGACGCGACCUUAACACGGGUCCCUCGCGCGCGGACGCACACACAUACGCGCGUCCUUAACACACGUUUGCUCGCUCAAUCAACUGGAGAGAAUCGCGUUACCUUGCAGAACGCGGGGCCCAGUACGCGCUUGACCACGCUACGGAGAGGAUCUUCCGUUCAUCGUAGCAGUUCUACACACGUCUCGCCAUGCCCAAUUGUCCGAAGUGCGACAAACCGGUCUAUUUCGCUGAGAGGAAAACCUCUUUGGGGAAAGACUGGCACGGGUCCUGUUUACGGUGUGAGAAAUGUAACAAGACCCUGACGCCGGGUAGCCACUCUGAACACGAAGGCAAACCUUAUUGCAAUCAUCCGUGUUAUUCUGCUCUGUUCGGCCCCGGAGGUUUCGGUCGAGGAGGUGCCGAGAGUUACGUUUACAAGAAAUGAAGGAUUCAGCUAGGGGCAAUACAAUACUUAUCGUUUAUCGAAUUGCGUUACCUAUAAUGUAGAGACUACCUUCUAGAUAUUUAGAUUAUAUAAAUCCGAAGAGUUUUCGUAAGAAUUACCAAGUUUAUGAUGAUUACGUGGAUUACUUAUGACAAUUAAUUUUUUACAAGAUCGUACGUGGGAUGUAUCAAUAAAAAUAUAAUAGUUCGUAGUUUGGGGGAUCAUUGAAAGAUUCAAGAUUAAAAGUUCAUUAUUGUAAUUUUAUACUUGGUAUAAUUUCCAAUGAGUAUAUUUUGGAAAUAACACCAAGCUAAGUUUAACCAGGUACGAGAUUUGCUUUGAAUGUCUAAAGAACACGUUUCCACAAGUUUGAACCAUGUAAACCCUUUAAGAAUGGAAUUACUUUACGAAAAUCUGAUAGAGAAUUGAAUCAAAUUGAAUGGCUAUGAUUCUUAGAAGGUUAACUUUGAAAUGUAGUAAAAUAGUGUACCUUGAAAUCACAUGUUGAUGUCGCAGUGGCCGAUUGUCGACGAUUACUAAAUUUCACUGAAUUUCACUGGAAACAAACAAUUACACACUUAAUUCAAAGUAUUUUAAGGAGAAUCUUUGACGAGGGACACGGUGCCGACGACAAGAUUUGAAAUACAAUUGUAUUACCAACAUGCUCGAGUUGUGGCAGCACUUACCGGUGAUGAAUAUAAUUCAAAAUGUCUUCGAAAUAAACUAAAUUCCUGUACUUAUAAUACAUCAAUCUAAACCAGCAUGUACAUUAAAGUUAGAAAUCUAAGAAUAUCUGAGUCUCCUACAUAAAGAAACGGCUAUUGUUUGUAACAAAUAUUCAUCGUUAAAGUUAAGCCACAAGACAAGUGCCUGAACGUUACAAAUUAAACUAGAUCGAGAGAGCAAGAA